AUGAUAAAGUGGCUGCAAAUGCUUGCUGUCAAGCUUUUCAAGACAGCAUUACUUGUAUACAAUCCGUCAGUGAAGCCUACUCUAGAAGUUCACCUCAUAUGGAUCUGCAUUGCUUGUAAAAUUCUUGAUUCUUCUUAUGGUUCUUUCGAACAGGGAAAAGCAGGAUUUUCUAGUGGCCUUAACUCGGCUCUGGCUAUGAAAGGUGUAAUUGUAAUGGGAAAAGCUUUACCAAACUUGAACCCAUCUGAACUAAAGCAACAUGGUGCAGUCGUUGCUGAACCCUUAUCUGGAUUCCCUUUACAUGUGAGAGGAAGUGUUAUUGGUGAAGCGUCAAAAAUUUCAAAGGCACAAUUUGGCAAGCUUCUUAAACUGGUAACAAAUCACCUGUCAUCUGUCCCGAAUAUAUUUGUUCAUGAUGGAGCUAUUGGCUCAUUGCCAAAUUGUGAUGCAAAGGUUCGGGUGAUAAGUGAUAGUCCUUCAGCAACGCUAUCACUUUCAAAUCUUCUCUGUAAGACAAAUGCUCGAUCAAUUUCACAUGAUACUUGUCCAUUGACUGUUUAUGUAGCUACAUCUAUAAGUUCUUCUUUGAUGAAGGCUAUUAGUGUGGAAUAUCAGUCAAAUAAUGGAUUUGUGGCUGCUGAUAUUGAAAGAUCAUCCCUAGUUUUAUGUCAUAAAGCUUUCUCAGAUGCCAGUACGAUCAAGAAAGCACUAUCUGCUUUGUCUGAACCCGUGAUAUCUGCAAGAGGAGGCAUUCCUCUACGGGGAAGGAUCCUAGUAUCUGGAGAUUCUGUUUUUGUACUAUUUGCAGCAGAAGAUACAAUUCAAAGCUGUGCAAACUUUUUGGUUUCUACUGAUGCUGGCAUAAUUCUUUCUCCCCAGAGCGUUGCACCUUUGUUUCAGACUGGAAAUACUGGUGGAUCUAAUAUAUUUAAAUUGCCUGCUGCUAUUGUUCUUGUUUCUUCUGAUAGUUCUGAGUGUAUCCCUUCUAUUUCAAAGCUCUCUCCUGGUCAAGCAGCUUCUCACUUUCUAGCCGGUUAUCAAAAUGGGAACUUCGUGCCUUCAUUCAACCACGCUCCUUCAUGUAUUGAUCCACUGGAGCUUGCAAAGGCCCUUCUAGCCAAGUUGAAAGACAAUCAAAUCUCUGCCUACCUGAUUAAUAUCAACAAAGGGGGAAAGACUCUUUCUGUUAAAGAUUUUGUGAAGCUGGUAGAAUCAACUCUUUCUAAAGAUGUCCCGCCAUUCUAUGCUAAAGGUGGAGAUCUUAAAAGGAAGUACAAGGCAUUUCUAUCAGAGAAGUAUCCGAGGCUACCUGAGGAAUUUUCAUUCUGAUAAAUAUGUUGAUAGUAUGUUUAGAUUUAGGUGAACAAAUGAUAAAACUCUGGUGUCCUUGUGUCAUCAAAUCAUCUUGUGUCAGAGUUGGUUAUUUGCGGAUUUAGAUCCUUUAAAGGUUGAAGCUUGUAGAGGAUGUUAACUGCAGUGGGCAAAGAGCGUCAGAUUCUGUAGUGACAUGUUUGUAAAUAUUGAAUUGUCAGAAACUGAGUGACAACAAGCAGAAGUAAGCUCGUUACUUUUGGACAUUAUAUGAUAUCUCUCGCCUUCUUCCUGUAUAUGUGAAGAACAAUAAUUUUUCUUUUU